UUUCCGUUUGUCAACAGCGACACAGCUCCGCGCUGCUGACAGGCUGGCGUUUAACCUCUCCGGACGUCAAGCAGACAGACGUAAGGACGUCAAACUUUAUUAGUUUAGAGUUUAAGUAAUGAGAGAUAAACACGUCCUCCCUUCAUGCUUACUUUCAACAAAGAAGAAGUUAUGGAUAUUUGCGACGGGAAGAAGAGGCGACAGGUAAGCGGCAGCGUGCGGGGCUGCAGGAGGAGCGUGACCGUGAAGAUGAAGGUGGGCAAGGUCCUCCGCUCCCUGACGGUGGAGGACAACCACCGCACGGAGCCCAUGGAGGAGGUGGAGGAGGAGGAGGAGGAGGAGGACGGCGACUGCUUCUCCAUUAGCUUCCUCCGAAACGACCGGCUGGAGCCCGCCGUGGCGGUGUCCCCACGCUACAGCCUGCUGCGGGAGGUCGGCCGCGGGAGCUACGGGGUGGUUUACGAGGCCGUGGCCCGCAAAACGGGGGCCAGGGUGGCGGUGAAGAGGCUCCAGUGCGACGCCCCGGAAAACGUGGAGCUGGCGCUGGCCGAGUUCUGGGCUCUGACGAGCCUCGAGAACCGGCACCAGAACGUGGUGCAGCUGGAGGAGUGCGUCCUGCAGAAGAAGGGCCUGGCGCAGAAGAUGAGCCACGGGAACAAGAGGUCCAAACAGUACCUGCGCCUGGUGGAGACCUCGCUCAAAGGCGAGCGCAUCCUGGGUCACCCAGAAGAGCCGUGCUACCUCUGGUUCGUCAUGGAGUUCUGCGAGGGCGGGGACCUCAACCAGUACAUCCUGUCCCGCCGGCCCGACCCCCAGACCAACCGGAGCUUCAUGCGCCAGUUGACAAGUGCCGUGGCUUUCCUGCACAAGAACAACAUCGUCCACCGGGACCUGAAGCCGGACAACAUCCUCAUCUCACAGAAAUCUGGCUCGCCCGUCCUCAAAGUGGCCGACUUCGGCCUCAGUAAAGUUUGCGCAGGCCUUAAUGCCAAGAACAGCGAGGAACGCCUCACGGCGGGGGCGGGCGGUAAAGGCAGCAAUCAGAACAACAUCAUCAACAUAAACAAGUUCUGGUUGUCGUCGGCCUGCGGCUCGGACUUCUACAUGGCCCCCGAGGUGUGGGAGGGCCACUACACAGCCAAGGCCGACAUCUUCGCGAUUGGCAUCAUCAUCUGGGCGAUGAUCGAGAGGAUCACCUUCAUCGAUGCAGAGUCAAAGCGCGAACUGCUGGGCACCUACAUACGGCAGGGCACAGAGAUUGUACCUGUCGGAGAGGCUUUGUUGGAGAACCCCAAGAUGGUUCUCCACAUCCCUCAGAAGGCCAGGAGUUCCAUGUCCGAAGGUGUGAAGAAACUCCUCCAGGACAUGCUCGCAGUCAACCCUCAGGACCGACCAGACGCCUUCCAGCUGGAGGUGCGGAUGGACCAAGUCACGUGUGCCGCAUGACGGCGCCCACCUUCCCAAAAACCUCUCCUUUUUUCUACCCGAACCAGUCAAAGAAGGGAACCCUUUCCUUCCCAGCUUUGUUUACUACAUGGACGUGGACUCGAAUGGAAAUAAAAGAACUGUGAAGACUGUGAAGAAUUCCACUAUCAUGAUUUGAGCGGGAAGCGAUGGAUCGGCCAAUAAUUAACCAGAUCACAGCGGCGCCCUUCAGGCCCCACGCGGUUCCAAGACGCCGUCACCGUGGAGCGGAGGACAUUUAACUGGUGGAUGAUGGAUUGUGACGACCGGGGUUUAUGACAUGCGUUGUUUUAUAUUUGUCGAUGUUUGUCCCCAAAGAGCCCCGGUGUAGGCCCCGCCCCUUCCUUUAACAUUUGUAAUGUAAAGGUAACGUACUGGACUGAACCAGUACCGUGAGGUCAAAGCAUUGUUUUACCGAUGACGGUAUGUGAAUCACAGCAGACGACGCCGCCGGUUUGCUACUUCGCCCAACACAACCCUCGUGCCUUAAAGAUGAUUCACAACAAGUGCGAUUGGAUCAUGAGUUCAAGCAAUUCGGCGGGUUAAAACUCAUACAGCGGGACAAAAACCACACUUUUGUCUCGGUUUCUGUGUAGAGAGAAGAAAAACGCAAUUGGCCGAUGGAAUAUUUGGCUUUCAAUAGUGUCACAUUUCUUUAAAACAAUCCCCCGGGGUCACGAUAAUGUCAUGUGAUAAUGCGAUACGUCUGUGGCUGUCCUUUUACUCAAAAAGGUCACAAGCAGUCACGAUGCUGAAGAUAUUUCACAAAUCUGUGGCAAGCAGAGGCAGAACAACGAUGUUGUUUUGGACGUGUUCUAUAGGAACCACACCUUUUUUUUUUUUUUAGAAGUAGCAGGCCUGCAUCGACUCCACACGAUACUUUGCUGCUCUAACCAAACUUAGUCCAGCAGGGAAUUCAGAUUAGCGUUAAUGUUCAUGUUAAAUCCAAAGAGCACCCGGUCGGAUACAAUUGCGUAUAUCUGUUUUAGAAUGAAAUGAACGUGUGAACAAGAAACAAUCAUGAACAUUUGGUGGUUUGAUGGUGUUUUGGUAACUUUUUACUGAAUGUUUUUUCUUGUUAUUUUUUAAUUAACAUUGAGGUUGAGUGUGGCAUUUUAGGAGUGAGAUACAAUACAGUUCAAGAUAUCAAGUCGAUGGGUAACCUGCAAUCAUCUGUCUGUAAGAGACAGUGAGACGUUGAUGUGUACUCCACCUUGAGAGUUUAAACGGUUCUGAUUGAAGUCCUAUAAGAAGUGUUUAAUGGGUCAAUCUAGCAGUAUCGAGACGCCCCGGGGCUGAAUCUUUCUGGACCGGCUGAUUUGGAGACUCUUUGGGGAAAUUUGUAGAUUUGCCAUCUGGAAAUAAUCCCCCAAAAAAGCAGCCGCAUCCUGACUGUCCCCGCUCCUUCCUUCCCGUCUUCACUGGAGCGCUCCGAGCUCUCCGCAGCGGCACGUAAUGCUGCGUUAGAUGCUGAUCCGUAGCCGAGAUGGUACUUGAAGCAACCGGGAUUUCCAGGAAUGAUGGAAAGAACAAAGUGCAAAAGUCCAAACGCAACAAUAAUUGAAACACAGAUGAAACAAAGCAAGCAGAGAGUGGUUAAAGCGUACAGGCGUGAGUCUGACAGGAGGGGUUUUAUAUGUUACAGACCUACAAAACAGACCAGAGGAAUGACCAAAACCUCCCUCUGCUUUCAGUUCAGUGACUCAGCAGCAGUAGUAGUAGAUUUAAAGGGACAGUUCACCCCAAAAUAUAUAUAUUUUUUCCUUUCACCUCAUAAUUCACAGACUUGUUGUGAGCAAAUGUAUGCAGCAGAAGCCGAUCUAGCCGUGUAGUUCCAUCACAUUCAAGAGAAGGCAGACAUCUACGGCCCAUAUCUCUAAAACUAGGGCAACUCGCACCAAAACUUAUCAAGACUGAAAAACAGCACUACAGAGGAGGUAUUUUGGGUUGGACUGUCUUUUUAGAGGCGUUUCGUAGUGUGGUCCUACCUCAUUUACAGCACUUUGUAAACAUCUUCUCUACCUUUUUAGUUUCUGAUCCAAGGUUAACUGCGUUAACCCACCUACCCAUUUGUCGCUGCUCGAGUGGGAUAGAUGUUUUUUUUGUUUUUUUUUACCUCAGACUUAAUCUCUCCCUCUCCAAUCUUGAAGCCAUCGUUGGGCCGACUUCUCCGUGUGGGCGUUUUGCUCAGCUACAAAUAACCCCUAGCUUCUGCCCUUUACGAUGACUAGAUCCGCAACCCCCGUCGGCUUCUCUCUUCAUCGCUGAAUUACAGCGAUAAUCCACAAUUACAUCGUUUGCAUUCAACAGCUACGGCUCCUAUAAAGUUAUAUUAGCGCCCAAAUUGGUUAGUGUGACAGAUAGCACGACCAAAACGAAAGGGAUUUUCUCAAAGCGUUGAGGAAAACCCUGCCGUUACAGCCUCCUCCAGGUCACUUCAGUUGAAGCAUACGGAGACCUUAAAGUGCUUCCUUCUGAAUGUUCAAUUUGAUCUAAGAACUGGUGUUUUAUCCUGAAGGUGUAGGAUUUAAUUCACUUACGGAGAUGGCAGGAGCGAUUGGGAUUAAAACACAACAAAAAUGAGCUUUCAACUGUAGUUGUUGAAUGCUAACUCAACCCUGUUGGGUUAAAAUGUAACUUUUUCGCCAGAGGAGAUAGCAAAUCUAUCCUUAACUCUCAGAGAUGUCGAGUCUCAGACCUGCUCUCUGUUUAAGUAAAAGCAUUAAACCUAACAUUGGUAAAACUGUUGCAUUGCCGUGGUAACAAGCUAACUGAGGACCUUUACAACUACUCCAAUCUAUCUAUCCACCUACCCAUUUGUCGCUGUCUUCUUUUCUAUGAGCCAUUUCUCAUUUAGCUCUCUUCAAGCUAGUAAUGAUUCCACUUGAAAGACACUUAACACUAUGCAAAAUGUUUCACUGCCUCACAGUAAACACCGUACAGACAAGCCACACCAUUCUCAAACAUCUCAAACUUUUCUCUUUUAGUGCAUAUAUGUUCCAGUGUGUACAUAAAUGUAAGCUGUGUUAAAUAAGAAUUUGCUUUUUGCUAAGAAAGCUGACAGGAGCCAUUAGAUGUUUGAGAAGGCAUCGUGUUUUGCUGUAAAUAUGUUUGACAACUUUUCUUGGA